AUGUCUGCAUCCACUGCCGCCCAGAAGGUCCUUCUCCUCGUCGGACCCCCCGGCUCCGGAAAGUCAACCUUCGCCAAGGCCUUGACCAAGGCCUUUCCUGAAUACGUCCGGAUCAACCAGGACGACCUCGGCGACAGAGCCGCCUGUGAGGCCCUGACCAUGAGCGCUCUCCAGGCCAACAAUAGGACCCAAUCCGUCGUCAUCGACCGUUGCAACUUUGAUCAGGACCAACGCAAGGUCUGGGUCGGGAUCGCCAGGCAAUUGAACGUUCCCGAGGUUGAUGUCAUCAUCAUGGACACGGAAUUCUAUGACUGCAAGAAACGUAUUCUCGCCCGCUCCAACCACCCGACCCAGGUCGAUGGUCAGAACGGAGUCGAUGUCCUCUUCAGGUUUCUGGAUAUGAUGACAUUGCCCACCUACUUUGAGGGCUUCUCCAGGAUCUUGCGAAUCGAGCCCCAGCUCACAUCCGAGUAUUCGGAUGAGGCCGUCCGUGAGAUCAUGCAGCGCCUGGAUAAAGUCGAGAAACCAGAGAACCUUCAGGCUCCGCGCUGGCAAAAGGAGGACUACUAUUUCAAGACUCAGUACCACCGCGAUGAAGAGGCCUACCGUGCUCGCAAGGCUGCCCAAUACCAGCAACAAAGGUCAUCCCACGCUAACAACAAGGGAGUCGAGGUUGAUAGCGAGGGCUUUGCGAUCAAGAAGCGUCCUGGACAAAAGGAAGAGCCCUCGGCCCCUGAACCUGUUCGUCCCCCACUCUUUGGUGCACCUAGCGGUGGAUGGAGGGCACGCGAGGCUGCGAAGCGGCUACAGCAGCAGCAGGAGCCCAAGAAGUUUGGUCCAGCGAUUCAUGAGGUCCCCAAACCUGUUGUUGCCAAUUCGUUCGACCUUUUGGGCAAGGGUGACGACCAGGACGAGGACCGCGAGUAA